AUGCAAUUAUUGGCUUCUUUGGCCGUUUUGGCUUUGGCCACAUGUGUGAAUGCAGGUGUUCAAGAUGCACCAAGUUUUGAUAGCCUGCCAACUGGAAUCAGUCCAGCUGUAAAGGAAGCUGCUCUCAGCACCGAUGCAAAAGACAAAACCCUUGUUGAAAUUGGACAAGUCGCUGAAUCUAUUCUUGAUAAACUUGGAAUGGGAACCAGAGAUGAAUCAAAUAUCAGACGUGCUCCACUUCCAUCAUCAUUCUUUGGAGUAAGUUGAAAAUUUCUAUAAAAGUUCUCAACUUGAUAAAAUUUUCAGAGCGAAGAUGUCAACCAAGUUAUCGAUGAUGCUAAUGCUAACCGCGUUGAUUUACAAGGAAUCACAUCUGGCCAAAUCCCAGGACUUGCUCCAAUUCCAGUCCCAGGAUUCCCAGGACCACAAGAUGCUCCAGUUAUUCCAGGAGUCAACACAAUCCCAGGAUUGAGCAAUUUCAAUUAUCUCGUCGGACAAUUGUUCCCACAAAUGAUUCCACAAGCCAACAGUUUGCUCGGCUCCUCAAUCAGUCGUAUUUUGCCAAAAGACUCUGCUAAAAAUAUUGCCAAGGAUGUUUUCCGUGCAGUUCAUCCAGCUGCUGAAAAUGUUGAUGUUGCUCGUAUGAUGGGAAGAUGGUUCCAAGUUAUCAAUUCGCCACAUGUCAUCCGUGAAGCUUGUACCGUAUCACACUGUGAGUUUAGGCAAGAUUUUUUUAGCGAAAAGGUUUCUGAUUUUUUAUUUUUCCAGUCGGAGCUCUCACCAACAACACCUACUCUGCCUCAUUCACCAUCUUGAAGUUCUACAGAGAAGGAAACCCAAGUGGAUCACCGAGGUUCGUUUGAUUUGAAAAUAAAAUUAAGUUUCAGAGUUCAAAAUUCAAAAUUUCAGAUAUGCUCUUGGAUAUGGAUUCAAAUCUGGAGAAACUGGACAAUUCGUUCUUCACAACAGUAACUCUGCCGAUGCCGAACCUUGUGAGUUUUGUGAAAAGAAAAUUUCGAACAUAAAUCAAUUUUUUUUCAGUCUGGGUGAUCAAGAAGGGACCACUCAAUGAGUACAAACAAUACGAUUAUGCAAUUAUCUCAACCUGGGUUAGAUUCCCAGUAUUUGUUAUUGCUAGAGAUCCAGAAAGAUUCAGACGUGAACACAUGAAAAAUGUAUUGCAAUUCUUGGAAGAUAACAGUGAGUUUUUCUAAAAAAAAUAGGAAACCUUGAAGCUCGUACCUGAAAAAAAUCAUAUUAAUUUUGUGAAUUUCAGACUACAUCAAUGUUAUGACCAAAGCAUUCAACAUGAUCUCGCCAGUUGAUUAUGAAGCCUGUCAAUAUACUCCAACAUUCUCAGGAACUGGAAAAUAA